AUGCUAGAAAAUCCCACUUCUGACAUCAAGUGCAGUCAUAUGGUCCCUAAGACCAUCUUCAGAUUCAAUCAAGCAUCAAAGUCUCCGACUAAGAAACUAUCCUUAAGGAAAGAAAUUAGUAAUAUAAAAACAUUUCAGUUGAAAUUAAUGGGAAGAAUUAGAAUGCCAAGCUCAAGUAUCAGAGAUGUUUGGGAAUGUAAAGAUAAGUUUAAGAGACAAGAGUCACAACAGGAGGUGCACUGCAGCCAAAGAACUCAUACUGGUGAGAAACCCUCUGAAUGUAGAGAUUGUGGGAAGGCCUUUAGUUGUAGUUCAGCAUUUACUAAACACCAGAAAAUACACACUGGUGAGAAGUCUCAUAAAUGUAAGGAAUGUGGGAAAUCUUUUAGUUUUGGCUCUGACCUUUUAGGAUAUCAAAGAAUUCAUACUGGUGAGAAACCUUAUGAAUGUAGACAAUGUGGGAAGGCUUUUAGUUGGAUCUCAUACUUUUCUCAACAUCAAAGAAUUCAUACUGGUGAGAAACCUUAUGAAUGUAAGGAAUGUGGGAAGGCUUUUAGAACUAGUUCAUACCUUUCCCGACAUCAGAAAAUUCAUAUUGGUAAGAAACCAUAUGAAUGUAAGGACUGUGGAAAGCCAUUUUGUUGGUGCUCCUUUCUUACCAAACAUCAGAGAAUUCAUACUGGUGAGAAACUCUAUGAAUGUAAGGAAUGUGGGAAGAGAAUUCAUACUGGUGAAAAACCCUAUGAAUAUAAAGAGUGUGGAAAGGCCUUUACUAGGAGCCCAAGCCUUAUUCAACAAAAGAGAAUUCAUACUGGUGAGAAACCCUAUGAAUGUAAGGAUUGUGGAAAGACCUUUAGUUGUAGCUCACAUCUUUCUCAACAUCAGAGAUUUCACACUGGUAAGAAGUCCUCUGAAUGUAAAGAAUGUGGGAAGGCCUUUAAUUAUCGCUCAAACGUCACUGAACAUAAGAAAAUGCAUACAGGUAAGAAACCCUAUAGAUGCAAGAAUUGUGGCAAGGCCUUCACUGGGAGUUCAAGCUUUAUUCAACAUCAGAGAAUUCAUAAUGCUAAUUAA